CUGCCUCCAAGAGUCCGGGGUACCAACUACACUCUUGCUCUGAACUGCCUUUGCGUGUGCUCGACACUGGCUUGUAUAAUUUGAGUGCUUGAUACUGAUCUUGACACAAGGCAGCUAUCCUGGGCCUUUGACAGCAAGUGCUUUCUAACAACGGCCAGCCUGCCAAGCUACGUCAUUGCUGCAGAUAUAUAUCAACAGGCUGUGCCGCUAGUCCGCAUCAUUGCUUAGUAUAAAUAUGUUACCAAGAGCUGGCAUUUGUCUGGGUCGAAGGUUGUUCUCUCGCUCUAACCUCAGCGCUUCUGCGUCAAGGGCAUCUGUUGAGCUGCUAAAGGGGCACACGCCUUCAUAUCGCUUCGCUUCCUUCCAAGCCAGACAAGGUGAUGCAGCCAGACAAAUCAGAGCUGAAGAGUUGAGCAAAGAAGAUAUUGCUGCCAAGCAUGGGCAGUUCUCAUUCACAACAGCAAACUCACUCAAGCUUUUGCUGCCUAUGCCCAAUCAACAAGUCGUCGCCUUUCUACUACACACGCAGCAGCCUCUCAGCUACCUGGAAACGCUCAUUCGCGCCGAAAUUGAGGAUGAAAAAACUCCCAUCGUCUUUAAAGAUCUCGCUAGACAUGCACGGUGGUCGACGAGUAUCGGUGUUGCCGACUUUAUUCGCGAAGCAGCAGCCACAACGCGCUUUUGUAUCCUCAUUGGUGACGAUGAAGUCAAAGUCAGUGUGCCCAGCUUUGAAGAUCGGACACAGUACCUUCGCACACAGCUUGGUCGCGUGACUGAAGAACUGGAUCGAGAGCACAGCAUCAAGUACGAGUGUGACAAACUCGCAGCCAAGACAGCCAAGCAGUACGCAUUGUAUGUCGCAGGCGGCCUUGUCGCUUACUGGUGUGUUGUAUUCAAGCUCACGUUUUAUUCACCACUCGGUUGGGAUGCCAUGGAACCCAUCACGUACAUGACGAGUCUUGCGUGCUUGGUCAUGGGCUAUGUCUACUUUCUCUACCACAACCGUGAAGUUAGCUAUUCCCAAGUUCUCAACACGGCUGCUUCUGCGAGACAGCAACGGUUAUACCAAGAAAAGGGCUUCGACAUGGUUCGAUGGCGUGACUUGGUGGAAGAAGGUAAAGAAUUGCGCAAAGAAAUUAGACGUAUUGCUGCUGAGUAUAAUGUCGACUGGGCAGAGAAGGAUGACGCAUAUAUCAGCAACAGGCAUGUUCAAGCAACGAAAGUCUUGAUGAAGGAAGCGAAGCGUGAAGAGGAUCGCCUCAAAAAGAGGCCCAAGACGAGUCGUCAGGAAGAUCUUGAAGACGAUGGCAUCAUCAAUGGCAGUAACGAGAAUCCUUUGGACAGAAAGGCUCAUUGAUCCUAUUGUAAGUGGUGUUGGUGUUUUCGGGCAAAUCACGUCCUUGAUCACCCUCUAACAGGGGUUGCCGACAUCCGGCAGUCCUCUACUAACAAUAUUUGGCACAUCUUGUUCAAGACUGGUAAUAAUUGUCAAGUUUGGGUCACACUGAAGUUUUCUCAGUCUUGCAGCGGCAGCAGCGCCUCCUAAGCGAUUUCACUGGUCAUCUAAGGGCGCAGCGCCUGUAGCCUUACGAAGGUUAGACAAGCUGACAUAGGACAAAUUUAUGGCAAUAUUCUAUAUGUGAAUCUAUCCGAGAAGUGC